GAAAAAAAAAUUACAGGGACAAGUAAAAUGUACUAGAGAUGGUAGUAAUUGGCAUUCAUCCUCCGCAGUCCGCGCAGUCCGCCCUAGGGUUCAAAGCGGCGACUUGCUGAAUGCUGACUGGAGAGACUGGAGAGCAGAGCAAAAAUGGAGGAACGCUGCAAAUUCUGGCUUCCUAAAAAGAGCAGAUUUUGUGCAAACGCGCCUCUAAAGAACUCCUCGUUCUGUGGCAAUCACACCACAAGGUCUGACGGCCAGUGGAUCCCCUGCCCAAUCGAUUCUUCGCACUCUGUGCUUGAAGAAAAUCUUGAAGGACAUCUUAAGAGAUGCCCAUUACUUAAACAAGCUCAAUCUUUGAGUAACCAACCUUUUUACCAAAAGGGUAUCAAUGCUGGGAAGGAAUUAGAAGAGGAAGCCUUGAAUCCCUCUGGGUUUCAAGAUAAUGUUACUUCUGAAAUGAAGAGGAAUGCUGUUCAUGGAUUGAGUGUGCCUGAAUUCUUUGAGUUGAUUCGGAAGAUUGAGUCAGUUCAUGUUUUAAUUUGUAAGGAUAUUAGAGAUUCGUUUAAGGUACCAGAAGCAUGCAGUAGAUGGAUCAAUAGAGAAGUAGACAGGAAAUUACCCUUUCAAGAGAAACAUGUUAAGCAACAGGCAUCAAUUCUUGGGAACUUGGAAGAUUUCAAGGUUUUGAAGAGUUGUGAUGAUGGAGAGCAGUGUCAAUGUGUAGAACCUGAAGAUGAUAGUAAUGAUAAUAGCAAUAGUGUUUCUGCAGUGGUUGAGUUUGGAGCAGGGAGAGGGUACUUGACACAAAUGCUUGCAGAUUGCUAUGGGAUUAGAAGGGUCUUUCUAGUUGAGAGAAAGUCAUACAAGCUGAAGGCCGAUCGAUCUUUGCGACAAAAAGAGAGCUUGAUUUUAGAGCGUUUGAGAAUUGACAUUGAGGACCUGAAUCUGAAAGCUGUUGAAUCACUACACCAUCUUCCUUAUCUUGCCAUUGGUAAACAUCUGUGUGGGCCUGCAACAGAUUUGAGUCUGAGAUGUUGCCUGGCAACUUCAAACAAUGCUGAACAGUACAGCAGUAAUCUUUGCCUAAGAGGUCUGGCAAUAGCAACGUGCUGUCACCAUCUCUGCCAAUGGAAACACUAUAUAAAUAAAAUAUACUUCACCAGUUUGGGAAUUAGCAGGGAAGAAUUCCAUGCUAUUACUUGGUUUACCAGCUGGGCAGUAGACGCCAAUCACAGUUCAGAUCUCUCUGAUGUUACAGACGACAGAUUGCAUCUUGAGCCAGUUGAGAAGGAAGAAUCAAGUGCGAAUGCUGAUGCCAGUGGAGUUGAAGGCACCGUGAGGAAUAUGAAAGCUAUUGAGAGGGCAAGAUUAGGGUUUAUGUGCAAGGAAAUAAUCGACAUGGGGAGGUUGAUGUGGGUCAAAGAACAUGGAUUAGAAACAAAGCUUGUUAAGUAUGUACCCUCAAGCAUCUCUCCAGAAAACCAUUUACUAAUUGGCAGACACAACUCUCACAAUCACUUCUAAGAUGCCAUUUUUAUUUGUCCAUGAUCACAUGUUGUUAGAUUAACAAUUUUGCUCAAUUAUAGGUAUUUUUGAGAUAUUUUUGUUGCCUUUCCCUGAAUAGAACAUCUUCUGUUGUAUACACAUAUUUAACCAUGAAAGCUUAAAAUAAUCAUCCAGCAGAGUU